UUUCCUGAGUCAGGUGUUUUGUUGACCCAGCAAACAUCUUAAGGCUUGUAGUUUUGAGGGAGAAACUUGAGUAUUGCUUAACGAUUGUCUUAAGCAACUGUAAUUGAGCUUUAAAAGUUUUUGAGGCUCUGAUGUAGAGGCAAUAUUCUAUGUCUUUUCUAUAACCUUAGAAAUGAUGGCGGAUGAUUUAGACAAAUUUAUUGAAGAUCAGAAGGCCAAGUUGGCACAAGAUAAAGCAGAACUUGAAAAUGAUCCACUUUACAUGGAAAUGAGGAAUAAGGAAUCAGAGAAGCCUUCUGAGACUAGCAAAAUGUUAAUCUCCAUGGCUAAAGAAAAUAUACCUCCAAAUAAUCAACAGAACUAUCCUUUAGGUGACUAUGGCUUGAGUUUACCACUUGGAGAAGAAUAUGAACGAAAAAAACAUAAACUCAAAGAGGAACUUCGGCAAGAUUAUAGGCGAUAUCUUUCUCAGGGUAUUUCACAGGCAAAAAGAAAGAAAAAUUACCUGACUACUGGUGAAGUAGAUCCAUAUACUCAGGGAUUAUCUCUUCAUAUUGAUGAGCGAAGAUCUGCGAAGGAGAAACUACGGCUUGAAAGAAACAAGGAGUACAAUCAAUACCUCAGGGAUAAAGAAGAAUGGAAUGAAAGACUAAGGAAAUUAGGGAAGAAAACCACAGAGAAUGAGAUGGACAGGAAUAAAAAAACUAUUGCUGUUACCAGGCUCCAGCCAGAACUACGUACAGAAGUACAGCCCUGUAAUACAGAUGCAGAACCUCCCAAGAAGGAUGCCUUUACUUCUACAGAAGGUUAUGAAGAGCUGCUAAAUAAGAGAUGGCUGGAGGAAGACAGGUAUCAUAGGUUAGAUGAUGAGGUUGAAUUAAGAAGUGGACUAUUGAAUAAAAGACGUGAUGAAGAUUUGGAUGUUCCCAAUCGAAGACAUCGUGGAUUUGCUAGCCAAUCUGUAAUUCCUAUUAGGAAGCAUCACAGACUUGAUGAGGAUCGUGAUUUUGGUAGAAGAUACUACAGAAUGGACUAUGAUCCUGAGAUAAGUGACGAAAUGGACCCUAGAUUUAGAUGUGAAAGUGCUUAUGACAGAAAAACUCCCCGGGUUUUUUAUGCUGAAAGGCCCUAUCUGGAUGGAAUAGGAAGAGAUCUACUUGCAGAUUAUGAAGACGAAUUAAAAGAGAGAGCACGUGUGCAGCAGAUCUCAAGAACUGGAAAUUCUAGAAAUCAGGUACAAAUUAGUUCUUCAGCUAAUGAACAGGCCAAGUCUGCAGCUGAAAUGCCGUAUGGAACAGGCCUUGUUCUUGGUGGUCAGGACCGGGAACUUCUCCAAAGGAAAAAAGAGAAAUACAGGCAAGAACUAAUAGAACAGAUGGCUGAGCAACAGCGAAAUAAGAGACGUGAGAAGGAACUUGAGCUCUCAGUUGCUGCUUCUGGAGCUCAAGACCCAGAAAAGAAGCCAAAUAGAUUGAAGCAGUUUGGCUUGACAGCACGAGCUGCUGAAGAGAAAGUACCUCCUGAAAGGCCUAGGGUGGCUUUCCAAACUCCAGUGCCCGUCCCUCCAGCAUCUCCAGUGAAUGAAGACUUUCACAGGGGGCUAGCCAGCACUCUUGGUGAAAUAGCAGCUCCUAGGCUUGCACCGAUGCCACCGCCUCCACCACCAAUUUUGACAGACAAUUAUAGAACACCUUAUGAUGACGCAUAUUACUUUUACGGGGUUAGGAAUCCUUUGGAUCCCAAUCUUGCAUAUUAUGGUACAGGUAUGGUGGGAGUGCAACCCACACCUAACCUGGAUCCUCCUUUAGGCCAAGACCCAGUAGAGAAAUCUGUAAGUAACAUUGGACAGAGGAAUACAGGAGACAGACAAAGAAGCAUAGGAGUAUUUUCUGAAGAAAAAAUAAAGCCUUCCAAAGAGGCAACAUUGUCUUAUCAACAAGAAUUACAACAGCAGAUAAGAGAGAGAGAGGAACGGCGCAGACAAGAGAGAGAGGAGAAGGAACGCUAUGAAGCCAAGUUAGAAGCAGAAAUGAGGAAUUACAAUCCCUGGGGAAAAGGUGGUGGUGGUGCUCCUCUCAGAGAUGCAAAAGGAAAUCUGAUAACGGACUUGAAUAUGAUGCACAAGCAAAACGAAGAUGCAUAUCAUAAUCCAGAGGCAAGACUAUAUGAAGAUAAAAGGGCUAUUGUAUCUGUUGACCUAAGUUUGGCUUCCCCAAGACCUGAGAACACAGAAGCAUCUACAAAUAAAAUAGCAGGUUUUACAUUUGCACAGACCUCUCCUUUUGCUCGAGGUAAUGUGUUCGGUGAACCACCAUCUCCACAGCAUCUUAAGCGACAGGAGUCAUACAAGAACUUUCUUCGUCUACAGAUUGAAGAAAAGAGACGUAGGGAAGAAGCAGAGCGAGAAAAACUUAGAAUGGAAGAAGAAAAAGAAGAAAAACGACUAGCUGAACAGAGGAUGAGAAUUCAAAAAGCAUAUGAAGAUGAACAAGAAGAGAAAAGAAAGAAAGAGGAGGAGCGAAGAUUAAAAAAUAAAGAAAUAAUUCGAUUAGAUGAAGAGAGGCAAAAAGAGGCAGAAAAAAGAAGAAAAGAAAAUGAAGAAAAGCAAAACGAACAACUUAGACAAUAUUUUGAGAAAGAAAGAUGGAAGAGGAAAAGAAGAUGGUAUGCUUCAUUUUCAAGGCAGCCUUCUCCCAUCAUUCCUGCUCUUCAGAACAAAUCAAUAAGAAAAGAAGAAAGGAUUCCCUCUUCUGAGAGCCAUAUGUCUUACUAUACACAAGAUCCUCCGCAACCAAGGGUUCCUUCUCCACCUGUCCCUGCUAGAAGAAAUCAGUUACGUGCAUUUGAGGAAAGAAAGAAUGUGAUAAAUGAAUUAUCAGAGAUGAGGAAACAGCUUCGUAGUGAAGAGAGGCGACUGCAGGAACAGUUGCUAAAUGUGGCCAGUGAUGAUGAUGUACCGAUUACACGCAGGAGGAGAGAGAAGAAUCCAAAGGACAUAUUUGAGAUGGCCAGGCUUCGUCUGCAGGCUCCAGUAAGGCGACCUUCAUCAAAGGAGGCACAAGAUCCUGUCAAUAUACAGAAUAUCUGGGAAUUUAAUGAACUUAAAUACAAAGAUUCUGAAACGUGUAUGGGCUUGAGGCACAUGUAUCCUGAUCCUCCAAAAGAUGACCAGACUCUAGAGAUUCAACAGCAGGCACUGUUGAGGGAGCAGCAGAAGAAACUUGACAGAAUGAGAAUGAGGAGAGAAACAGAAGAUGAUUCUGCUUCUGGCGGUAACCCACAAACCAUGGGACUGUUCAGGAAUGAAUCUAAUGAACUCUUGAAAAAUUCACUGUUGGAAUCGGAUAGCGCUUUUAUCGGUGCUAAUGGAGAAACGUUUCCUGCCUUGGGAGAAGUUAAUUCAUCACCUCAGCAUCCACCUUCUGCAAGGGAGAGGAGACGAAUAAAGCAGAAAGCUUUGGAGUGUGCUGAGGAUGUUCCACCAGGCCAUCCGCUGUUGCUGCAGCCUGACAGCUUUUCUUUGCACUCGAGCUUCAGCCUCGAUGUUGAUCAGUUGAAAGGCAAGAAUGAAGAACGAUUGCACAGACUGACCGAGCUCCAGCAGAAAUCUGCUUACUUAGGUGACAACGUUUCCUUAGGAGAAGCGGAUGACCUUUUGAAGCACACUCCGCCUCACGCUGCCAGACGGCCCAGUUCUGUUGACACAGUUGCAACGGAGCCCUGGCUAAGACCAGGAACUUCAGAGACGCUCCAACGAUUCAUGGCUGAACAGUCAAGCCCAGCAAAGCUUUCGCCGGACGACGCGCUACCACUGAGCUGGCAAGGCCUCUCGACCGCGCACGGCUGACUCCAGCCCUGCUGCGAACCGGCUGUGCCUUGCAGCAGAGGAGGGACUGUUCAGCACUAGUGCACUUUCCAGGGUCUCUUGUAGGGAUCGUUCUUGUCCAUGUAUGUAGUGUGGAGCCGUAUGGGUAGUUUAAAAUAGCAAUAAUAAAGUAACAGAAGCUGCAGUGUAAUGGAGAUGUAGAGCAGGGAUAGUUUGUACUAUAUGACAUGGGAAGUGGAGGAAUAGUUUGGUGGUUUUUGCACUUUUUUAUACAAGUUAAGUUUCAGCCUCAGAGCUGGAGCUACCACAGAAACAGUGUGUGUGUGUGUGAAUUUGAUAUAAAAUCAAAGUUAAUUUUUAGCUUUGUUUAUAGCCAAACUCCAACGCUGUCUGGAAAUAGAGUAACCCAACAGCAGAGGUGCAUUUUAAGCUUUUACCAAAAGAGUAACUAACUUGGAGAAGGGCGCUUGCUUUUCAUACAGUCAUGAGUGCUGU